UCAAGCGGCUCCAGGAGUCUCCGCCUCCGCCGGCGCCGCCGGGCGCCCCCCGCCGUGGCGGCGUUGGUCCGGCAGGUGAUGGCAUCGGCGGAGCUCGGGGCCAAGGUGGGGCGGCAGCUGGUGGAGGUGGUGGGCCUGCCCCGCACCGUGAUGGACUGCGGCGACGUCAUCUACCGCAGCACGCUGCCCCGCCAGGACGGCCAGCCCGACCUCCUCCAGUCCGGCUCCAGCACCUUCGAGAUUCUUGAGACUGCAUUCAAGAAGGAGAAUGUCAGCCUAGUUAUGAGGGAGCAGUAUGUUGAGAAGGUAAUUGCCAGACUGUUUAUGUACAUCUAGCUUUGCUUUUCUAUUCC